UUCUGCACACAUGAAAGGAAGUGCUGCAAGACACAGCCAAGUAGAGAGCUGGUUUAAGUCGUCUCGGUCCAGGGAUUGAGCGAGAGGAGAGUGAAGGCUGGCAGGUCGGCACUGGAGAUGGGCAGCACUGUAGGACUCCGCUCCAGUCCAAGGGCUUGGGGAUGUGGCUGGAAUGUCGCCCGACUCCUGUGCUUUGCUGCCAUUUGCUGGGUGCUCGGGACUCAGAUGGAAGUGGGAGCCUGGACCUACCAUUAUGGUAACAAAUCUGAUUACUCAUGGGAGCUGGCCAGAAACUUUUGCAGGUCAUUCUACACUGACCUUGUAGCAAUCCAGAACCAGGGGGAAAUUGUUUAUCUCAACAAUGUCUUACCCCGCCAUAGAACAUACUACUGGAUUGGGAUACGAAAGAUAAACAAUGUCUGGACCUGGGUUGGUACCAACAAGGCCCUGACGAAAGAGGCUGAGAACUGGGCUAACAAGGAACCCAACAAUAAAGGGAAGAACCAAGACUGUGUGGAGAUUUACAUAAAGAGGGAUCAUGAUGCUGGAAGAUGGAACGAUGAGAACUGCCAAAAGAAAAAGAGGGCGCUGUGUUACCAAGCGUCUUGCCAGCGUUCCUCCUGCAGCCAGCGUGGUGAGUGUGUGGAGACCAUCGGGAACUACAGCUGUGAUUGCUACCCUGGUUUCUACGGGCCUGAGUGUGAACACGUUGUGAGGUGCAAAAACCUUGACCCCAGGCCUGACUGCAGUCAUCCCCUGGGGGAAUUUAGCUACAAUUCCACAUGCAAGUUCCAGUGCCAGGAGGGGUUUGAACUGCAAGGGCUGGACACGUUGCAGUGCUUGGCAUCGGGGAACUGGACAGCAGCAGCUCCAGAGUGUACAGCUGUCAAAUGCCCAGCGCUGGCCACCCCGGGCAGGGGCCAGUUAAACUGCACUCACUGGCAUGGAGACUUCACGUAUAACUCCACCUGCACCUUCUCCUGCGAGAUGGGAUUUGUGCGGAAUGGAUCGGAGACACUGGCGUGCACAGCCCUGGGACAAUGGACAGUGCGUCCCCCACUCUGUGAAGCUAUCAAGUGCCCAGUGCUGGAUUCCCCGGGCAGGGGCCGAUUAAACUGCACUCAUUGGCAUGGAGACUUCACAUAUAACUCCACCUGUGCCUUCUCCUGUGAGACGGGGUUUGUGCGGAAUGGAUCGGAGACACUGGAGUGUACGGCCCUGGGACAAUGGACAGGGCAUCCCCCGCGCUGUGAAGUCAUGAGAUGCCCCAAGCUGAGGGACCUAGAGCCAAUUCUUAUGAAUUGCUCCCACCCUCUGGAAUCCUUCAGCUAUGGGUCAGUGUGUCGCUUCCGCUGCACUCAAGGCUACUUCCUCAAUGGGACGAGCAGGGUGCAGUGCCAGCCUGAUGGGCACUGGUCAGACAAGAUGCCUGCCUGCCAAGAAGAGGCUGCUCCCUAUUUCAAGCAAGUCCUGCUUUACAUGGGUGGUGGAGCUGUGGCCCUUGUGGCCCUGUUGCUGACAGGAAUGUUCAUAGCUCUGCUAAUCAAGCGUCUCAGUAACAAAGAGGAAGAAAAAACACUGCUGAAUCCCACCAGUAACCUAGGAGCACCUGGUGUCUUUACAAAUGCAGCGUUUGACUCCAACUUUUAAGCUAAAGCAGAAGAUGCCCCCAGGAGAGAAGAUCACUGGAAGGAAAAGGACCUGAAGAUGGUACUCAUGCCUCAAUCCUUUUAGAAGCUGUUUUUAUACCUUACUCCCCAGCUCAGCUCUGCCAUCAUCCAGCCCAAGAACUCACAGUCACUGACAGUCAGGGAUUAAACUAACUCUGGUGCACACAUCCAGUUCUCAUCUGAAA